AUGACGGACUUGCUUUACCACCUGCUGGAUGAGUUCCUCUUCAGCUUCAGCGCAGAAUUUGUGGUCUGUCGGCGCGUGGAGAUCAUCGAGCUUGACAUUGUGAAUCUGCGGGGUGAAAGUUCGCGGAAGUUCGAUCUCGAGAGGCAUCCGCAAGGGACAGAGAUCAAGGCAAUCACGAUGCACCAGAUGAAGGUCCUCACGACGACAGAAGUGACCACAGAGACGGGAGCGCUGCCCCGAGUUGAGUGUUCACCAGAAGGGGACACUAUCAUUGCCAGCUCCCCCUACGAGUGCUACGUACUGGUGGACAUCUGA